AUGAUACUUUUACAUAGUAAACAAAUCGUAUAUGCCUUUUCUAUUAUUCUUAUAAUCAUCGUGGCUUAUAAUUUUGGGUACUACAAUGCAGAAAUAAAAUAUGCAUUUCAUACGAUUUCAACUGCAAGCCGUAUACAGAUAUCACCUAGUGUUGUUGUUUUGUCAACGGCUGCUCCUAUUUUAAAACCGGAGCAAACAAAUGCUGAAGUUAUUGCAGAGCCUUCUACAAUAAAAUCAUCAAAACAAAAACCUACCGUAGUUCACCUAGCAGUCGUCUUAUCUUUAUCCAAACAGACCAGUCAUAUUGCUGAGUUCUAUUUGCUAUAUGAAUCAUGGCGAUUUCUUCAUAAUUUUUCGCCUCUCUCACAACAGAUUGUAGUUGAUUUGAUUGUAUUUUGUGAACAACCGAGCUGUCAUCAGUUGCCAUCAGCUUGUAUACCUCUUUCUUACAAGAAAAAGGUAGAUAUGAUAGCCACGUGUUUCCAUGAAAUAUUAGACGAAAAAAUAGUUCAAAAAUGGAAUGAUUAUUUGUACAUGACAUCGAUUGAAUUCAUGCUAACUAAAGAAUAUCGAAAAGCAACCGCCGAUUAUGACUGGAUUUUGCGUGUCGAUCAAGAUGCUAUUCUAAGUCCUGGCUUGCUAAUAGGUUUGGCUAGAAAGCAUCCAAGAAAAUUAUAUCCUAUGCAAUUUGGAGGAAUUGGCCAUGGGAUUACGUUUACUAAAAAUCGGCUACGAAACAUUGCAAAGAAACUCGGCUACAAUCAUGCUGGUAUACAUGACUUAUGUUCAACAUGGCUAGUCAACCCAAAAGACUCGGUGAAAAUUGCAAAUCUAACAACCAUUAUUGGCAGACAUAUUUUGAAAAAUGAAUUCGGUGCUCAUGUACCUGGUAUUGAAAGUUUGCCUGCUAUUGGCGAAUGGCCCAAAUGGUGGCGAGGGGUAACAUCGUUAUAUGCUGCUGAAAUCGCCAUCAAUCAUAUUUAUUCAUCAACUCUUGGCCAGCAGCAUGAAUCUCCUGCAAUAGAUACUCCGUCAUUUGCAGAAAGUUCAAUAUGGAAUGCUUGGCACAUUCAUUGUUUACAUAACGAAGAUUAUUUUUCGAAAUUCAAACAUCGCGAUGAACUACAUAAAUUUGUAGGAAGUAAACAGACAGAUCGAAUGCAACAAAUACUCAAUGUUACAUCUAGAGAUAAAAUUCUAUUUGAAACACUACGGGAAUUCGAAACGAUAAAAGUGAACUAUAACAUAAAUGAGAGUAAAGUAUCAGUUCGUGAUUAUGUUAUAGCGUUGGCGUGGAAAAAAUCUUAUUCUGCUACUGCUGCAAUUAAUUUAGACUAA